CGCAAAUUCUUUGAACUAAAAUUUCCGUCUUCUCUGUUUCAUUUUCAUUUUUUUUCCAGAGAUUGCAGGCCUUCGCCGUCAAAUCAUCGGAACCCUAUGGCGGUCUCAAGCUGUGCUAGGGCUUUUCCAUCCUUUGAAUGUCGUUCGGAUGCCGAAUUCUCUGGCGGUAUUCCCCGCCACGACAUUCCUAACUCCGGCAAGGCCAGCAUUUUGAGUCACGGAUCGUCCAUUCACGGUCUGUCUUCUCUUAUUUAUAGGUUUCCUCCGAACUUUGUUAGGCAGUUGAGCAUUAAGGCUCGGAGGAACUGCAGCAACAUCGGUGUGGCUCAAGUUGUGGCGGCUUCGUGGUCUAACAAUAACUCUUCUCCUGAUUUCACUCCGGUGGCUAAGGCCGUCGAUGCCGCCGCCAUUGCUCCUGUUGAUACCUCGGUAGUUAACGAGGACAUGGCGCUGGUGGAAAAUGAGACUUGUAAUGAUCAAAAUGUACAGUUUGACAGUUUGCCAAGUGUGAAAUACGCUUCGUUUUUGAAUUCUGAUGGGAGUGUCGCUAUUCAUGCCGGUGAAAGGUUGGGACGUGGCAUUGUUACGGAUGCAAUUACUACCCCAGUAGUUAACACAUCUGCUUAUUUCUUCAACAAGACUUCUGAGCUCAUUGAUUUUAAGGAGAAAAGACGUGCAAGUUUUGAAUAUGGGCGCUAUGGGAAUCCAACUACUGUUGUUUUAGAGGAGAAGAUAAGCGCACUGGAGGGUGCUGAAUCAACCUUGUUAAUGGCAUCUGGAAUGUGCGCCAGUACUGUAAUGCUGUUGGCGUUGGUUCCUGCUGGAGGCCAUAUUAUUACAACCACAGACUGCUAUAGGAAGACCCGGAUCUUUAUUGAAACUAUACUUCCUAAAAUGGGGAUUACGGCCACGGUCAUUGACCCAGCCGAUGUCGGAGCUCUGGAGUUGGCUCUAAAUCAGAAGAAAGUGAAUCUUUUCUUUACCGAGUCUCCAACAAAUCCAUUCCUCAGAUGUGUAGACAUUGAGCUGGUUUCAAAGCUUUGUCAUGAAAAAGGAGCCUUGGUUUGCAUAGAUGGGACUUUUGCAACUCCUCUUAAUCAAAAGGCCCUUGCCCUUGGGGCUGACCUCGUUCUGCACUCUGCAACAAAAUUCCUUGGUGGGCAUAAUGAUGUUCUCGCAGGUUGCAUUAGUGGUCCUGUAAAGUUAGUUUCAGAAAUACGUAACCUGCAUCACAUCCUGGGUGGUGCUCUCAAUCCGAAUGCCGCAUAUCUAAUUAUCCGAGGCAUGAAGACGCUGCAUCUUCGUGUACAGCAACAAAACUCAACUGCAUUGAGGAUGGCCGAGAUUUUAGAGGCUCAUCCCAAGGUGAGACAUGUCUAUUAUCCAGGCCUGCAAAGUCAUCCAGAACAUCACAUUGCAAAGAAACAAAUGACAGGUUUUGGUGGUGUGGUCAGUUUUGAGGUUGACGGAGACCUGCUGACUACCGCAAAAUUUGUGGAUGCUCUAAAAAUUCCGUAUAUUGCUCCGUCAUUUGGAGGUUGUGAGAGCAUUGUGGACCAACCAGCAAUAAUGUCUUACUGGGAUCUUAGCCAGUCAGAUAGAGCCAAGUAUGGCAUCAUGGACAAUUUGGUUAGGUUCAGCUUUGGUGUGGAAGAUUUUGAUGACUUGAAAGCUGAUAUUCUUCAGGCUUUGGACUCAGUAUAGGCUGUCUCUCCUGCAACGCAGUUCGCUUUUCUUUUGCUUUCCUUCUACUCCUCUAGCUUUUAUUCUUUGAACUUCUGUGUCAUCUCUUAUUGUUGAGUUAUUCAGACAAUCCUGAAAGUGUAAUGAAAGGAUCAUCAAACAUGUGAUCAAUCAAUUUGAUGUGUUCUAUUGUUUUUUAUUUGUGU